AUGUCGCUCUACUCGCAUGCUCCCGAGCCCCUCUCCUGGCAUGAUGUGAAGCCAACGGUGCUGGUGUGUUGGUGGGCGACCCUGUUCGCCACGGUUAUUAUCCUGCUCCGCGUCGCCGGUCGCUUCAUCCGCUCCGAAAUGCUCUUUGCCGAGGACAAGAUGGCCUUUUAUGCCCUGCUUCCCAUGUACGCGCGUAUGGGCUGCGUGCACGUCAUCCUCGUCUACGGCACCAACAAUAACGACUUUUCCAACCUCACCCUCACCCCCGACGAGAUCCGGCGGAGGACCAUCGGGAGUGGCCUGGUUCUCGCGAGCCGGAUCUUUUACAGCGCAACGCUUUGGGUUCUGAAGAAUACCAUUCUAGAGUUUUUUAAGCGCCUCACUGGUCUCACCUGGUCCCGCUCCUACUCGGUUGGCGUCCUCGCCAUCCGCUGCAUGCUCGGGCUCACUUUUAUUGCCAUCAUCAUUAGCGACUUGGCCGAAUGCCGGCCCUUCAACCACCACUGGCAGGUAUUGCCCGACCCCGGGGGCCACUGCCGCCAGGGAUAUGUGAACCUCCUCACAACAGGGGUGUGCAAUAUCCUCACGGAUUUGCUGCUGGUACUGUUUCCAGUGCCAAUCAUCAUCAGCAGCUCCAUGAGCGUGAAGCGAAAAGUCCAGCUGGUUCUGCUCUUCAGCCUUAGCUUGGGUGUCGUUGCAGUAACAUUCUUCCGGGUCACGCAUGUCAUCGAAGCUCACGGCAGCCAACAAAUGCGCUCGCUCUUGGCGUCCGUCGAGCUCCUUAUCGCAACUGGAGUAGCCAAUGCGCUGGUGUUGGGCUCGUUUGUAAGGGACAGGGGCGUCAAGAAACGCAAGUUUAGAUACGACUCUGUGGCUGGCGAGUCUUACCAUGGCACGGACAGCGCGAACAGGUCCAGGAGGCCGGCGAUCGCGGGUCGUGCCUGGGGUAGCGAUGUAGACCUUGUCAGGGACGUCGGCUUUGGUGUGCAGAACGACUUGAGAGGCCUGGAGGCGGAUCCGGAGGCGGGAAGGCCGACGCCCGCAGGACCCGUGGCGCCGCACAAGACAUUCAACCUGCAGGACUGGAACUUCCCCGAGAGAUCUGCUGAAGCGAGGCGAGGAAGCCAACUGCUGCCGCCUGACCAGCUCUCCGAUGCACCUAGCAGCAGCGGGCCGAGACGCGUCUCUUUCUUCGAUGUCGGCGGAUUGCUCGACGACGACAGCCCAUCUAGCCCUAGCACGGUUCGGAGGCAGAGCACAAUGUCCAGCCGAGAUCCUCUAUCACCAUACAAACCACACUCCCCGCCGGCGACCGUGUUACCUGCGAGCGCAAGCGGGUUUCGCAGGGGCUCGCAAGCCCUACUACAGGAUAUCGGGGGUCUCCUGCCUUUCAAGUCUAGCAAAGGGCAGGAUACAGACUCUAGGGGCAAGGAAAGAGAGGAAUCUAUAUCUUCCGGGACGGAACUCCAAGACCUGUCACCGGCAGUCUCUCCCCGUACGACAAUGCGCCCAGUUGACCCGCCGCCGUACGAGAACGAAGGCAGGCCCGGCGACUCGGACCAUUUGAUGGACGUCGGUGGGCUCUCGAAAUAA